GAGUUACCUAUAUUUAUCGAUACAAACAAUGCUUCCAAUAUUCAGUUCGAGAAUCAGCUUCCUCCAGUGAAUAUCGGAGCCAUUUUUCGGUGAAAAAUUUGUUUCUGUGAUUGGGUCUGUGAAUUGUCCUGUUCUUUCGAGAAUGAAGAUCAUAGUGGUUUUGGCUUGUGUGGCCAUGGCUGCGGCGCGGCCAGAGGCUCCUCUUCAAGGUUAUAACUAUGCAGCACCACGACCAAUAGUGCACGGAGGUGUGUCAUCUUCAGCAGUUCAUGCCUCUUCUCAUAGUCAUGGUGGUGGUUACUACACGGCACAGGCUCCAGUACAUGUGGCCGCUCCUGUGCAUGCUGCUCCUAUCCAUGUGUCAGCACCAGCUCCUGUAUACCAAGGAACUGGCUUUGGUUCCGCCAUCUCCGGUGGUGGAGCAUUCGAUAGUGGCCAUUCGGCUGGUUUCGGUGGUGCUAUCUCCGGUAGUUCUUUCUCCGGUGCCUCUGCCUCCGGUGGCUCCCUUUCAGGUGGCUCUUUCGGUGGCGGUUCCUUCGGCGGUGGCUCCUUUGGCGGUGGCUCCUUCGCUGGCGGCGCUCAGGCUUUUGCUCCCCAGCAAACCGUGGUCCAGAAGCACAUCUACGUACAUGUGCCUCCACAGGAACCCGAAGAGACCCGUCCCCAGCAGGUCUUGAGCCAGGGAGUGGCCCGUAAGCACUACAAGAUCAUCUUCAUCAAGACACCGAACGUGCAGCCAUCGGCCGCCCAGAUCGCUCUCCAACAGUCCCAACAGGAGGAGAAGACCAUCGUCUACGUGCUGGUCAAGAAGCCCGACGAGCAGGCCGAUAUCAACAUCCCGCAGCUGCCGUCUCUGCCACCAAGCAAACCCGAGGUCUACUUCAUCAAGUACAAGGCCAACAAGGGUGCAUCCCACGGUGGGCUGGUCGGUGGUGCUAUCGGUGGCGGCGCCAUUGGUGGCGGAGUUGCCUCUGCGGGACAUGGAUUCGAUGCUUCGUUGGGCUCCCUGGCAUCCAGCGGUAGCGGUGCUGCGUCGUCCGUUGUCGGUGGUGGCGUUCCACACACGGAUUAUGGAGCCCCCGCCGCUCACCAGGGCUACCCCUAGGAGGUCACACCGAUCGAGCCCGACCCAAAGCUAUCCCCGAACGGCUGAUCCAUCCGCGAUACCUCCGUAUUUGCUUUAAAGCUAGUCUAGUUAAGUGCGUGCGAGCGAGCGAUUGCUGUAGGUGCGACGACAAUACUCGGUUAGACCCCCUGAUGCGUUCACAGAGCAACGCAAACCAAUUGAGACAUCGGACUAAACACGAAAACUGAGGGGCUAUUAUUAGGCACGAUCGAUGGUUCUAUUCGGGCCUGGGUGCGCCGCCGCGGCUGCCAUCUCUCCUCACGUAACGGUGACAGAGGAAAGAUGGUCACCCUGGCAACCAUUAUCUCAUUUGCACAGCCUACUAACACUAAAAGCACCCAGGAUCGGAAACCAUCUUCGUGUCUACGUGGAAGACUAAUUUAAUUUAAUGCUGACAAUUUUUUCGCUGUUAAAUUAUUGAAACAUACCCCGAAAAAUAGUAAUUUUUAGAUAAGAUAUGUGUAGAAAUGAUAGGAGGAGAGAAACAAAUUGUUGCUUAUAUUUAAGUAUCCUAUUAUAGAACGAAAAUAAAAGAGAGAUUAUACAAACAAAUUAA